GCAAGAACAAAAAUAUUGCGCAAAGAAGCAGUUUAUUCUAGCUCGUGUAUAGAUAUUGGAUAUUGGAAGUGGGAAAUUCAUCUCUUUUUAUAUCGUAAUGCUUGAUCGCUCCACUAAACAGGAAGCACUUCUAUAGUGACAAUUACAACGAUUAUUUUUACUUAUGAGUGAAACAGAGUUAAAGCCUAACCUUGGCAGAUUUGUGGACAUAGUCAAUAGACCAGUGUCUGAAACUGUAACGGUUGAAAGAAAUUUAAAUUCUAAGGGUAUUUAUCAACCACCACACUUGGCUCCAGUCUUUUUUGAGGAAAGCAAGAAGAAAUUGUCAGUAGAGCGUGCCAAGCUAAGAGCAGCUCGGUUUAUUUUGGAAGAUGCUGAUUUCAAUGAAUCCGAAGAUUUGCCUAAGGAAGUUUAUUUUGGAUGUGGUUCCGAAGAAAGCUUUGCACGAAAAAAAAUGAAGGAAAAACAGAAUUAUGAAGAGGAAAACUUCACCCGUUUAAAAAUAACGAAACAAGAAAAGCGACUUCAACGCUCUUUACUCCCAGGUGGUUUAUCCGAUACUUCCUCAAGACUAAGACAAAUGCAAAUACUUUUCCAAAGUCUUCAAAUACCAACUGAGUACGAAUUCCCCAGCAAAAAAUAAUAUUUGCAGCGAUAAAGAAGAACGUCAAAUAUCUGAAGGUGAUCCGAAAUUUCGGCUAUGAACUAUAUCGAUAAUACGAAAAAAAUUACAACAAUAUGGAUCUGGGUCUUCCAUAGCAUUGGAAUCGAUUACAAACUAUGCACUGCUACAUAAGAAGUUUAAUUAUACGUAAGAUGACAGUGUUAUUGUUUCUGAAAUAAAAUAUAGGAAGUUCAAUGGAAUAAAUGGGGUUUAG